CAAGAUGUGCCUUUCUAAUAGUUAGGUAACAUGUUUUUAAUAGUAACUGCCUAACCUAGGUACCUAACUAACAUGAUUAUUAAAAACAUGUUACCGUCUUUGUUACCUAUCGCAUGAUCUCUAACCUUAGGUACCUAGGUUAGACAAAUACUCCACUCUAAUCUAGAAUUCUUUGACGACGACAUCUUCGUCUUCCCAACCUUCGCUACACACACCGCAAUUAUACUCUCACGAUGACUUCACUCAAUACAUUCGAAUGUUUCAAUGCCCUCCCAAAAGAACUCCGUAUUUUAAUCUGGGAGUACCACUUUGAAAGUGCUCGUAUUCACGUGAUCCAUCCCUCUCCUGAGAGUCAAAUGCGAAAUCCAAAGAAGGAGGUUCUUCUAUUCUGCUGCACCGUUCUAGACUCGGCUACCAAUCUCGUCAUUCUCGAUGAGCGACCUCCGUCUCCCUUGAUCAACCAUGAGGCUUAUGAUAUAGCCCUCUCGUGCAAGCGUAUCUGGACACCCGUUAUUUUCGGCAAGGAUCUUGCAGAUUCCGUUACCUCAGGCCGAGCUCGCGUGCCCCUCCAAUUCGCUCUAACACUUGCUUCUAAUGUACCUGACGAGUGCAACGACACGCGGCCGCAAGCGCGCCCCGUCUAUGUUGACUGGGACCGCGAUAUGCUCUACCUCUGUGUCUCGAAUGCUGAGCAAGCGUUCUGGUCGAUGCGCUCCGUUCCCUGGCGAGACAGUGUGAGGAAGUUGGCCGUGCUCGUGCCACAGAGCGAAUUUGAUAGGGCCAUCCCGUUUGGUCCGACGGAUCCUAUACGCGAAGUACUUGAAUCUAUGACGGAGCUUGAAGAAUUAUUCAUCGUGCUAGUUCCUCAGGCUGACGUUCUUGUCCCUAUUACUCCUACUUCCAAAGCACUAACUGGCCUUUCAAGAGAUGAGUUCGGCUUCGUUCCAUACGUUGAGUAUCUCAAGAAGGCUGGUCUCGCGAACAAUCAUAUUCUUUAUGCUCGCACGGCCAUGUCGUUUCGUGAGGCCUUGGUAGACUUGCCCAGGAAAAUUAAGCUUAAGAGGGUUGUCGACGUGGAUUGCCUUACUUGUUCUUUCGGCUACUAUCGACGCAGUCUCAGCCCGUAUCUUUAAACUGCAAUUAUUUGGAUAUACUUUUCAAUAUAGCAUUGUUCAGUAGCGAUAUCUGCCUUUAUCUCUAUAAUUGGUCUCGUCUUACUCCGCCCAGCAUUUCCAAUGGCAUGGCACGUUGAGCACCUUCGGGCCUUGAUUUCAGGGGAAUAUAUCGACAGCCCCGACACAAGAAUAUACCUCAGAAUGUAUUGAAGCAUGGGUCCCCUACAUCUUAGGUGCGUCUU